AUGUUCGCUGCUCUGUCCGUCGUCGCCUUCUUGGCCGCUGCCCACGCCGCCGAGUACCCUUACUACAACAUCCCGGCCACCAGCCAGUCUUACUACGGAGGAUCCUACCAGCAGUACCCUUCUUACGCUUACGCCGGUGACUUGAAGUCUCUGGAAUCAUCCGGAAUCCAGUACGCUGCCACCCCCGAGAUCUCCUCUCAAUCUCAGUACCCAGUCUACCAAGUCCGUGACGCCGCCCCCGUCGCCAGAUACGAAUCCGCCAUCGCCGCCCCCGUCGCCAAGUACGAGUCUGCUGCCCCGAUCGCCCGUCACCAUGCUCCCUGCCCGGCUCCGGUCCCUGAGAUCAAGCCCGUCGUAGUAAAGUCCAACCUCCCAGUGCCAUACACCUACGGAGUUCACCGUGAACCCCAGGUGAUCGAACACCACUCUGCUCCCUCUGUCUUCCACUACUACGGACAGCCUUACAUCGUCAAGCACACCCAGGGUGCUGUCCUCCACGCCUACACCCAGAAGCCCGUCGUUGUCGACGAGUACGAACAUCCCCAGGUGCACGAAGCCCCAGCCAAGCCCGCCGUCAUCGUCGAGGAAGUCUGCCCUCCCGUCGAACCCUGCCACAGCUAG